AUAAGUGUGUGACACCCCGCCUUUGAUAGCGCUUCUGCUGUUGAAGAUCGUAGUUUGUCUUUUCUCAGUUGAGAAAAGUUUCUCAGUUUCUCAGUAAACUAGUUUUUAUAAGAAUGUCUUCGGUUCAUCUUCUGAGAGAGUUCAUCGGUGAAAGACUGAGCGCUGCUGCCUCAGAAAUCUUCUCCGAGUUUGAGAAGACGAUCCUGCGGUACGAAGAAGAGCUCGACCGUCAGCGCAGACUGCUGGAUGUCAGCUGGAAACCUGAGUUGAAGCUGCUCGGAGUCGACCUGCAACAGACCCACAAGACUGAGCAGAGUCUCACAGACGAUCAGGACAGGAACUCCAGCCAGGACCUGCAAGAGCCAGAACAACGACCUCUGCAGAACCAAGAAAAAGAAGCAGAACCUCCACAGAUUAAAGAGGAAGAGCAGGAGUUCUGCACCAGUCAGGAGGAAGAGCAGCUCCACCUGAAGCAGGAGACGGAUCCGUCUCCAGUGACAGAACCAGACAAGGAGCAGCUCGUCUCUCAGAGUUCUGCUGGACCCGGGGACCAGGUUUCAGGGUCACCAACGAAGACGGAUCGCACACACGGUCGUCAUGGUUACAAAGCAGACCAACCAGCAACAUCUGCAAGUUUUUCUUGUAAAAUCUGUGGAGAGACUUUUCUAGAGAAUUCACUUCUGAGCCUUCACAUCCAGGUCCACAAAGUUUGGAGCCAGAACUCUGAGAGACUGCAGUACUGCUGUCCCACCUGUGGUUACAGCGCCCCACUGUACUAUCUGGUUGUCAACCACAUGAGAACACACACAGGCCAGAAGGCCUUUUCCUGCAGGAUUUGUGGAAGCGUGUUCAGUACUAAACAAGGCAGCAGAAUCCACAUGAAGGUGCACACGGGUGAGAAGAGGUUUUCUUGCAGAUUUUGUGGAAAGACGUUUAGUUACAGUUCUAACUGGAAACGGCAUUUGAUGGUCCACACGGGGGAGCAGCCGUACUCCUGUUUCGUCUGUGGAAAGCGCUUUAAACGAUCUGCAAAUGUAAAUCUUCACAUGAAAGUGCACGCACACAGAGGUGAUGUUCUGUCACGUGACGGGGGAGAGUUAGAAAAUCCUUGAAUCCUGUUCGUGUUUAGAGUUCGUUUCAGCAAACGUUUGGUUUCUUCUUUUGUUCUGAUGCCUGGGAGUUACUUUUUUAAAUUUUGUGUUUUCUUCUUUUUAAAGAUGUAUUUCUCUGAUCAAAACCUUCUGGUUCUUCCUGCCUGCCGGACUUUUCUUUUUUAAACGUGUGUUUUUGACAAUAAGUGACUGUGUGGGUCCAACAUUAAAUGUUUUUACGCACUGCAGGCGGCUUGACGUAGGAUGAUCAGGAGACUGUGCCGAGCGUUUACAUCCAACGUGGACCUGCGUUUUUAGCGUUUGGAUACAUUAAAGUGCAGGAGUACAUUCACACAGUGCAUCUUUUGAUGUUCUGCUGUUUUAUUAACAGGUCAGCUGAGAACGGCGCCACAGGCUGCGUCUGAGGCAACUGGCUGUUUCUAAUGUCCAACAAGUUUGACAGAACUUUAGAACAAAAGAUGUUUUCUACUGAAAAAGAAAAAACCUUCAGGGUGAAGAGUGAACAACACUUGACCACAUUCUUAAGUUUUAAAGAAACAAGUUGCAUGAAGCUGUGAAACUCUCAGGCCUGAAGACUUCUCAGUAAAACAUUAACGUGAAUAAAUAAACUUAAACAAUGAGCAAA